CCAACCUCUCACCACCAUUCAGUCGAAUGCAGUGAUCCGAUAGUCGUUAAGUUUUAAAGUGAAAUCGAAAGUAUAUCGUGACUUCUCUCUGAGCUUUAGCAUUUUCUUCGUCCCACGUUAAGUGUAACAACCGUCUUCACUGCAAAAGACAUGGACAAGGUGAUGAGAUUGGCCUCGGAGAGUGGAGUGGUGCUGUUCAGCAAGAGCUCAUGUUGCCUGUGUUAUACGGUCAGGAUUCUGUUCCAAGACCUUGGGGUGACCCCGACGGUUCACGAGAUCGACCAAGACCCUGAAGGCCAGGAAAUGGAGAGAGCCCUGAUGAGGUUGGGGUGCAACACGCCGGUUCCGAUGAUCUUCAUCGGGGGAAAGCUGCUGGGAUCCACAAAUGAAGUCAUGUCCCUCCACUUAAGUGGAGGGCUGAUCCCUUUGCUGAGGCCGUAUCAAGCUUUGUAUUGAACUAUAAUACAAGUCAAAAUACUCUUUCUAAUUAUGACAUUGAAAGAAAUAAAUUGACUAAAAAAUCAGUAGUUUCUCUGGUCAGCUGUACG